AUGACAUCAUCCAAGCAACCAGGUGUUGAAGAGGAACUGACGGCCCUUGUAGAGAAAUUUUGGCUGAUGGAACAGGUUGAUGCAAAAACACUGUUUCCAACAGCGGACGAGGCACUGUGUGAAGAGAUUUUUAUCAAAGAAUCUAGACGUGAUCACACUGGGCGCUUCGUGGUAAGGAUUCCAUUUAAAGAAAAUGUCGCUGAGCUAGGCGACUCAAAUCAAGCGGCUUUACGGCGAUUCUUGCUCCUUGAAAAGAGACUAAGGAAUAAUCCAGUAAUCGAAAAAAUGUAUAAUGCAUUCAUAGAGGAAUAUUUGGCGUUGGGGCAUAUGGCACUGGUACCAAGGGAUUCCAGGGAAAAGGUAAAGUACCUUGCACCGCAUACGUUUGUGUUACGGCCAGAAUCUACAAGUACUAAACUGCGGGUAGUGUUUGACUGCAGUUGUAAGACCUCAUCGGGGCUCUCUUUGAAUGAUGUAAUGUGCAAAGGACCCAUUGUACAAGAUGACUUGCUGGCGAUCGUGUUGCGCUUUCGAUGCUAUAAGUAUGCGAUAACAGCGGAUGUGACGAAAAUGUAUCGGCAAGCCUGGGUGAGUGAAGAGGAUUCAUUUUAUCAAUGUAUAUUGUGGCGGCCAACCCCAAAUGAAGAUAUUGAAGUAUAUCGCUUAUUGACGAUCACGUACGGAACGGCGUCCGCGCCAUAUCUGGCGACAAGAUGUGUGAAGGCACUUGGUGAACAGUGCGCAGAGAAGUUUCCAUAUGGUGCAAACAAGGUUUUAUCAGAUUUUUAUAUGGACGAUGUGAUAUCAGGUGCAGACUCCGAUGAGCAGCUACAACAAAUUUACUCGGAGGUCAGCGAGAUUUUAAGUUCUGCAGGGUUUGAGCUACGUAAAUGGUAUUCGAAUAAUAGUGAAUUUUUGAAGAAAGUGCCAUCGGACGAUCAAGAGAAGCCACUGCGUAUGAACGAUGCCGAAAUCAUCAAAACUCUCGGUAUUAUAUGGGAGCCCACUUCCGAUGUGUUUCGUUAUGAUUGGCCGGAGCUGAAAAUGGAUAAACCGGUGACAAAACGGAUUGUGCUGGCGGAGAUUGCGAGUCUGUUUGAUCCUCUCGGUCUAAUAAACCCCAUAAUCGUAAAGGCUAAGAUCUUUUUGCAAAAUCUCUGGAUUAUAAAGGUGCAUUGGGAUGAAUCCCUACCAUUGGAGGAUAACGCUCAGUGGAUCAGAUUUCGCGAGAAACUGCCUUUGGUCAAAGAUAUACGAGUACCACGAUAUAUUUUGGCGAAAAAUGGUCCCGAGUCGAAUUACACGGAUUUUGUGAUGCGUCGCUGCGGGCUUAUGGGGCAUGCGUAUAGCGAAAUCGUACUAAAUUGGUUAAGUAAGCAUCCAUCGGAGUGGUCAAUUUUCGUUGCGAACAGAGUGGCAACAAUUCAAGAGUGGACGAAACAUGCACUAUGGAGGCAUGUUCCAACCAAGAGUAACCCAGCGGAUGUUAUAUCUCGCGGCGCAUAUGCAGAUGAGCUAAUCGAGACUUGUUGGUUUACUGGCCCAGCGUUUUUGAGGCAAACGUGUGACAAAUGGCCACCGAACAGAUUUCGGAGCGACGCAUCUGAAAUAAACAUAGAACAAAGGAGAGCAGUGGCACUACCCAUCGAGCAUCGAAAAAAUCAGGUGCUGCUGUGGUUGGAGUCGCAUAGUAAUUUUGGGCAGAUACAGCGAAAAGUGGCAUAUCUGUUGUACUUCUUUCGGCGCAAAACCAAUCGCGAGACCUUGGUUACCAGCGAUGAUGAACCGAUGCUGACAGCGGAGCUGUUGAGAGAAGCGUGGGUGCGCAUCAUGUACUGCAUACAGCAGGAAUACUUUGAAGUGGAGAUCAAACAAUUAGCGCGAGGCAAAGAAUUACCUCCCGCCAGCAAAUUAAAAAACCUUAGUGUGUUCCUGGCUUCAAGCUUUGGAGUUUCCAUGAUGCGCGUCGGAGGCCGGCUCGCCAGAUCGCAACUACCAUAUGAGGCGAAGUUUCCAAUUGUGUUGCCCCCUGAGAGUCUAAUUGUGCGGACUUAUAUACGACAUCUGCACGAAACCAACAUGCAUGUGGCAGCACAAGAUAAGCGAGUUCUGCGCAGUAAAGGGCAUUGCACGGCACCAUAUACCGCCGCGCUCCUCACAUUUUGGCGGCUGUGGGAGGCAGCGGUGAAAUCGGCUAAAUACCACCUUACGCGUACGUUGGGUAAUGCACACUUGACGUUCGAAGAGUUGUGUACAAUAACAACAGAAAUCGAGGCGAUUUUGAAUUCGCGGCCGUUGUGCACCUGUUCGGCCGAUCCUAAUGACGAAGAAGUGCUAACACCAGCGCAUUUUCUGGUUGGUAGCACACCGGAUGUAUUAGCAGAACCACUACUAGAACCAGCAAAGGUCAGUCUUAGAGAUCAAUGGCAACGUCUGACAGUCAUGAAGCAGCAUUUCUGGGCUCGAUGGAGCAAAGAAUACCUGCAGGAUAUGCAACGCAAGGCGAAGUGGAUUAAACCGCAACGUAAUUUGGCAGUAGGUGACUUGGUGUUAGUAGCUGAAGACAACGCUCCGCCAAAGCAUUGGAUGAUGGGCCGUGUUGAGCGGGUCGUACCAGAUGAAGCUGGCGCCGUGCGUGUUGCUGAAGUGCGUACGAAAAAUGGUUGCAUCAAGAGGGCAAUACAGAAACUUGCCCGCAUCCCAACCGAAGAUGAAAUUAAUGGUUGA